AUCCGAGUAUUGCUCUAUUUUAAAAUUUUAGACACCAAAUGCUAAAGCUACGGAAGGCGGAGGCGGUUAGGCUGUUACCCAAUCCGUUGAUAUUUUGCUUUGGAAAAAGAACAGAUACAGAAGCUCUUAGUCUCUUCUGUUGCUUCAGCUUCCUUUUCUUCUCCUCCAUGUAUGGCUGCUCUUCCUUUUCCCGCUCUCACUAACCCGCUCGCUUCUCUCUACAUUCCCAGAAAACCCCACAGCUCCCCUACCCAUUUUGCGAACUUGAACCAAACUGCUGGAAACGUUCAAAUCUCUUAUAAAUCUUAUCUCAACCAGAUAUCUUCUCUCUGCAAAGAAGCCCACCUUCGAGAAGCCGUGAAUUUGGUUGCUGAUAUGGAAUUGGAAAAUAUCACAAUCGGACCUGAUGUAUACGGAGAACUCCUUCAGGGUUGCGUUUACGAGAGAGCUCUUUCGUUGGGUCAGCAAAUCCACGGUCGAAUUCUCAAGAAUGGUGAGUAUAUUGCAAAGAAUGAGUACAUCGAGACCAAAUUGGUGAUCUUCUAUUCAAAAUGUGACGAGUCAGAAAUUGCCAACCGUUUGUUUGGCAAGCUGCUGGUACAGAACGAGUUUGCUUGGGCUGCUAUUAUGGGAUUGAAAAGUAGAAUUGGGUUUAAUGAAGAAGCUUUGAUGGGUUUUUGUGAGAUGCACGAAAAUGGGCUACUUUUGGAUAAUUUUGUUAUUCCAAUUGCUUUGAAGGCUUCUGGUGCUCUGCAAUGGAUUGGGUUUGGGAAAUCCGUACAAGGCUAUGUAGUCAAGAUGGGUUUAGGCGGGUGUAUCUAUGUUGCUAGUAGUCUUCUGGAUAUGUAUGGUAAAUGUGGGUUAUGUGGAGAUGCAAAGAAGGUGUUUGAUAAAAUUCCUGAGAAGAAUAUAGUAGCUUGGAAUUCGAUGAUUGUAAAUUUUACUCAGAAUGGACUGAAUGCUGAAGCAAUUGAGACGUUUUAUGAGAUGAGGGUGGAAGGUGUUGUACCCACUCAAGUGACUCUAUCAAGUUUUCUUUCAGCUUCAGCUAAUUUGAGUGUGAUCGAUGAGGGUAAGCAAGGGCACGCCUUAGCAGUGUUAUCUGGACUGGAACUGACCAACAUAUUGGGAAGUUCGCUCAUAAAUUUUUAUUCCAAGGUUGGUUUGGUUGAGGAUGCUGAGCAGGUUUUCAGUGAAAUGUUGGAGAAAGAUAUGGUGACAUGGAAUUUGCUGGUCUCUGGUUAUGUGCAUAAUGGGCUGGUUGAUCGGGCACUUGACUUAUGUCACGUAAUGCAGUCAGAAAAUUUGAGGUUUGAUUCUGUGACUCUUGCUUCAAUAAUGGCUGCGGCUGCUGACUCUAAAAAUUUGAAACUAGGGAAGGAAGGGCAUUCUUUUUGUGUUAGAAACAACCUUGAAUCUGAUAUUGCUGUUGCUAGUAGUAUAGUAGAUAUGUAUGCCAAAUGUGAAAAAUUGGAAUGUGCAAGACAAGUUUUUGACACAACGGUAAAGAGAGACCUUAUAAUGUGGAACACACUGUUGGCUGCCUAUGCAGAGCAGGGUCAGAGUGGUGAAACAUUAAAAUUGUUUUAUCAGAUGCAGUUAGAAGGUCUGCCACCAAAUGUGAUAUCCUGGAACUCUGUGAUUUUGGGUCUUUUGAAUAAAGGUGAAGUUGAUGAGGCUAAAGACAUGUUCUUGGAGAUGCAGUCUCUUGGUGUCUGUCCUAAUUUAAUUACUUGGACUACUCUCAUAUGUGGACUCGCUCAGAAUGGUCUUGGUGAUGAAGCAUUCCUGACAUUUCAGUCAAUGGAAGAAGCUGGCAUUAAACCCAACAGUUUGAGUAUUAGCUCGCUACUUUCAGCUUGCACAACUAUGGCAUCUCUGCCUCAUGGAAGAGCAAUUCAUUGUUACAUCAUAAGACAUGACCUUUUGGUAUCAACACCGGUCUUAUGCUCCUUAGUGAAUAUGUAUGCUAAAUGUGGUAGUAUAAAUCAAGCAAAGACGGUGUUUGAUAUGAUAAUGAAAAAGGAAUUGCCCAUCUAUAAUGCAAUGAUCUCUGGCUAUGCAUUACACGGUCAAGCAGUGGAAGCUCUUUCACUCUUUAGACGUCUAAAAGAGGAUUGUAUAAAACCAGAUGAAAUAACCUUUACCAGUAUCCUUUCAGCAUGCAGUCAUGCUGGACUUGUAACAGAAGGGUUAGAGCUUUUCAUCGAUAUGGUUUCUAAUCAUAAAAUAGUAGCACAAGCAGAGCAUUAUGGUUGUCUCAUUAGUAUUCUUUCUAGGUGUCAUAACUUAGACGAAGCUUUAAGACUUAUUUUAGGUAUGCCUUUUGAGCCUGAUGCAUCUAUAUUUGGAUCUCUACUUGCUGCGUGCAGAGAGCAUCCUGACUUAGAACUCAAAGAACGUUUAUUUGAACACUUGUUGAAAUUGGAGCCAGAUAAUUCAGGAAACUAUGUGGCAUUAUCAAAUGCAUAUGCUGCUACUGGAAUGUGGGAUGAAGCAUCAAAAGUGAGGGUUCUGAUGAAAGAAAGGGGUCUUAGGAAGACUCCUGGGCAUAGCUUGAUUCAGAUUGGAAAUGAAACACAUGUAUUUUUCGCUGGAGAUAAAUCACACUCCAGAACAAAAGAAAUUUAUAUGAUGUUGGCACUUCUUAGAGUGGAAAUGCAAUCCACAAGAUGUAUACCUGUGAUCAGUUAAGCUGCUAUCUUUUAUUUCCAUUCUUGAGAAGAGGAAGUCAUGCCUGUACUGCAUGAUGCAGAUUCUUUUUGUCUAGGAAAAAUCUAGAAAUUAGUGACGGUUUAAACGAUUGAAGGCCUCACGGACUUGGAUAGACAGCUGCAAAAUAUCAUUUACCCUUGCUUGCAGCAACUCAUUGACGACCUGUCACAUGGGCUGGAAAAAUAUGAUCUGAACAUUGAAUUCUCAAGAAAUAUUGAGUAGUGGUUUUUGAACUGUUAUUCCUUUUGGACGGCUAGAAAUCCUCUACCUAGUUUAGGAGGCAGCGCUCCUCCUGUUAUGAGUGAUUUGAAACCUUUUGGGUUGUUUUCACCUGUGAUAGAAAUCUAGGUACAAGUAGAUAAACCAAUUCCAAUCUGAGUCCGACAUCAAAUAAACUUGAGUUGAUUAGCAACUAUGGAGUUCAAAACAUCAUGAUGGAAUGCUCGAGAAACCCAUUUGUCAUUGUCUAUAUUGACAAGCAAUGCAGAGAAGCAGUGGUGUGUAGUUGUGAUGGAUUGUUUAAACGAGCUGUACGAGUUGCUUUCAUGUCAAACUCAGGUUUUUGGUCUCUUUCGUAAAGCCUGUAGAUGAUUUGAUUCUUUUACUGUAUAUCAUUCAGAUCCUCUUACCAAUUGAAUAAUCCACUAGAAACACAACUUUGCUUGGUCUCUACUAUGAACAUACCAAAGCAUAUGAGAUGGAAUGGCCAUAACAUACUUUCUGCGCUAGCUUCUAUUUGGUGCGAGAUUAUUCUCGUUAAGAUUUGCACUUUGAAAUUUUCAAUUAAAUAGUUAACUCUAGCCUAAAAUGCUUGUACUUUUUUCUGUUUAAAUGAUGGGGAUUCCUGACUUUCAUACACCAUGCUCAAUAUUUGAUGCUUUUCUCUUCCUAUAAAGCAGCCAAGAUGAUGCACCCCACCGGACUUAAUUGUAUGGUGUUUGAGAAGUGAGACUUACAGGACAAAUUUUCAGUUUCAGGAUUGUCAUUAUACAAUACACUGCAGAUUAACAGGAACUGGUACUAGGAAAUGAUCUCAGUACAAAACAUCAAUAAAUAUUCUUACUUCUGCCAGGGACUAGAAGACCGUGCUACUUUAGAGAAAGACAUUGCUUUCUUUCGUCGGUAUGUCUUUCCUUCUCUCUCUUAUGUAUCUAGUUAACCUUGCUUUCAUAGAAAUAGUAAUGACUCUAUGUUGUUCUUUUAUCCUUGCUACAUCCACAUGGGCAUUGAUUUCAUUGCAUAAAACUAAAGUGGCUAUCAUUGAUGGA